AUGAGACGUGUUGUUAUUCAAUGUGUACACGAUGAUGAUAUUCCAGUAUUAAUGGAAAUAAUCAAUUCGUAUGGCGGAAGUUUAAUUCGACCUCAGUCACCGCAGCGAUUCGAUAUGAUUCAUGUGGAUUUAUCAGAAGAAAAUGAAACAACACUAGAUGAUUUUGUCAAAGAAUUAGAAAGUAAGAUCCAAUCAGUUGCAGUGAAGGUGUUUUGA